AUGCCUUCAGCUUCCGCCGCUAUGGCGAGCCCAAUAACCACCUCUGCCGCCAGUUCCAAACCUUCCUCUGUCAAGUCAGACGGCAAAAAAUCGCCGCGCUUGACCCCGCAAAAUGGCCAGUCCCCCGCCAACGGCAAUGCGUAUGAGGCCCUGGCGAAACCUGCCGACAAACCCUCAAUGAAGGACAAGCUCACACGCAUGUUCUCUACGAAAGACGUCACCAGAAACGCUAUCGAGGUCCCCCAGCGUCCCCGUGGUUCCAGCUUUAAUGGCACCGACAAGCCCCAACCCCCGAGCAGAAAGCCCUCUGCAACCACCGCAGAGAAGGUCUCCGAAAAAUCCGCCGCCAAAACCGCGAAACCGCCUGCAAAGGAUCUCCAUCGAUUCAUGGUGAAUCAGGAGCUGCAAGGUGGCCACGAGCACCACCUCAAAUCAAGUCGCCGCCAGGAGAAGCUUUCCGACAUGUGGCGCACCCUCAUCGGCAAGAAGCAGGAGCAUGCCGACAACGACCUGUCCCUUGUUUCUAACUGGGUAGACACUCUCAAGGCCGAGAAGGAGGAUAUGGCAGGAGACAAGAGGAACGGACCCAACGCGACCUCGUCGCUCGUCGAGAAGUAUGGCAAAUGCCAGGAGGUAGUAGGCCGUGGCGCCUUUGGAAUCGUCAGAAUAUCCCACAAGAAGAUCGAAAACGGAACAGAAAAGCUGUUCGCCGUCAAGGAGUUCCGCCGCCGUCCGGAGGAGACGGAGAAGAAGUACAGCAAGCGCCUGACGGCCGAGUUCUGCAUUUCAUCGUCGCUCCGUCAUCCCAACGUCAUCCACACCCUUGACCUUCUUAAGGACGCCAAGGGCGACUACUGCGAAGUCAUGGAGUUCUGCGCAGGCGGUGACUUGUACACUCUCGUGCUCUCUGCCGGUAAGCUUGAGGUUCAGGAGGCCGACUGCUACUUCAAGCAGAUGAUGCGGGGUGUCGAGUAUCUCCACGAAAUGGGAGUUGCUCACCGCGACCUGAAACCCGAGAAUCUGCUGCUCACUACCCGUGGCGGUCUAAAGAUUACAGACUUUGGCAACGGGGAGUGCUUCCGGAUGGCCUGGGAGACGGACCCCCAUAUGGUGUCUGGUCUCUGCGGCUCUGCCCCCUACAUUGCGCCAGAGGAGUAUACCGACAAGGAAUUUGAUGCUCGCGCUGUCGAUGUCUGGGCCUGCGGAGUCAUCUACAUGGCCAUGCGCACCGGUCGCCACCUUUGGCGUGUUGCUCGCAAGGACGAAGACGAGUUCUACGCCAGAUACCUCGAGGGUCGUCGUGAUGAGGAGGGAUAUGGACCCAUCGAGUCCUUGCACAGAGCGCGCUGUAGAAACGUCAUCUACUCUGUCCUGGAUCCCAAUCCCCUCCGACGCAUCACAGCUUCCCAGGUCCUCAAGUCUGAAUGGGGUCGCGAGAUCAAGCUCUGCAAGGCAGGUGAAGAGGGUCUUUGA